CAGGUGUAAGCGCGCUCCUCAUCCACACACAGCAGAGUCAAACAGAGACAGAGUCACUGCAGGCAUCUCCGCAGCCAACAACCACUGCAUCCGCCUGACUGCUUGAGGACACCAGAAGAGGACGAGGAGACUGGAUUUGUUUUGUUUGUGUUCUCCAAGCCUUUUUGUGCACUUUAUCUGAACCGUAUCCCUCGCAAACAUGAUGUCCAUGAACAGUAAACAGCCUCAUUUCGCCAUGCAUCCCACUUUACCUGAGCACAAGUACACAACUCUGCACUCGAGCUCGGAAGCGAUCAGGAGAGCCUGUCUACAAACUCCACAGCUGCAGAGCAACAUCUUCGCCAGCUUGGAUGAGACGCUCCUGGCCCGCGCCGAAGCUCUGGCGGCCGUGGACAUCGCCGUGUCCCAGGGUAAGAGCCACCCGUUCAAGCCCGACGUCACGUACCACACGAUGAACUCCGUGCCAUGCUCGUCCACGUCCACCGUGCCACUCGCCCACCACCACCAUCAUCACCACCAUCACCACCACCAGAACCUGGAGCCGCCCGACCUCAUGGACCACAUCAGCUCCCCGUCGCUCACCCUAAUGCCCAGCGCGCACGAAGGAGCCAGCGGAGGCGGCGGAGGGGGCGGCGGCGGCGGGGGUUUGAUCUCCACGUCGGCCCACCCGCACUCCCACAUGCACGGCUUGACCCACCUGUCCCACCAGGCUGCUAUGAACAUGAACUCGCCGCUCACCCACCACGGGCUCUUACCGGGCCACCACGGCGGUGCGCAUCAUGGCGCACCGGGACUCACCAACAACGGACUGCCCUCUAUUAACGACUCGGACACGGACCCGAGGGAGCUGGAGGCGUUCGCGGAGCGCUUCAAACAGAGGAGGAUCAAACUCGGGGUGACUCAGGCGGAUGUGGGGGGCGCCCUGGCCAACCUGAAGAUCCCGGGCGUGGGCUCACUGAGCCAAAGUACCAUUUGUCGGUUCGAGUCACUAACUCUGUCGCACAACAACAUGAUCGCGCUCAAACCCAUCCUUCAGGCGUGGUUGGAAGAGGCCGAGGGCGCCCAGCGCGAGAAAAUGAGCAAACCCGACAUUUUCAACGGGAGCGAGAAGAAGCGCAAGCGGACCUCCAUAGCCGCUCCGGAGAAACGAUCUCUGGAGGCUUAUUUCGCGGUCCAGCCUCGGCCGUCUUCGGAGAAAAUCGCGGCUAUUGCUGAGAAAUUGGACCUAAAAAAGAAUGUGGUGCGAGUAUGGUUUUGCAACCAAAGACAAAAACAGAAGAGGUUGAAAUUUUCUGCAGCUCACUGAUGGACUACUUCGAAAACAAACAAACUUAAAAAAGAAAAAAAAAGAAAAAAAAAAAAGAAAAAAAAAUUGGACUGAGUUUUGGGGACCAAGGAACAUCGCUUUGGCUCAGCUGGUGUGUGCUCGUCAUGACACUUAUGAUUAUUACUGUUUUAUUUGAUGAGAACUCCUUGUUAUUUUCACUGUAUUGAAGUGAAUGUGAAGUAUGCAAAUAACAGGUAAUCCAGAUGAACUACUGGUAAAUAUUUCAAAUAUCAUUGUGAAAUUAGAGAAAUAAAUCCAGCUUUAUUUUUUAGCAAGAUUUGUUUUGCCCCGACGACGAUGAUGAUGAUGAUGAUGAUGAUGAUGAUGAGAUGAAAAAUAGCCAUUGAAGGAUUACCUCAUAUAGUUUUAAUUCUAUCCUAAUUUAUUAUUUAUGAAUUCUAUUAUUUAUUUUCCGCAUAUUUGUGUAUCUAUUCAUUCGUUACAGGGAACUGCUAUAUUUUUGAUUAUUAAACGUGUUCAAAGCAGAUCCCGUUUAUGAACUAAUGUUAUCAUUCAGUGUUUCAAAGGUCUGCUCUGAUGAAUACAAAACUAAAAAGCGAAAUAAAGGUGGCAACCACCGCUUGGUGAAAUUGCACUGAAAUCUACUGGUAUUUAGAUUGGUUAGAUAUAUUCAAAUGCUUUUGUAUAUAUACACAUACUAAUAAUGACACUUGCUCACCGUGCACAUCUCAAUUUUCCCAGUUCUUUUGCAAAUCAGAAUUCUUCCCCUGACUUUUCACUGGGGGAAAUGUCACUGGUGGAUAUUAGCUAACUCGCAUGAUCAAGAUGAUUAUUACUUACAUUCUAAAGGAAAAUUGUCCUGGGAUAUAAUUUCGUUGGUUUGUGUAUUUUGGUUUGCAGUGCAAACAUUCUAUGCAUCGAAAGAAAAAGAAAAAAAUGACCAAGCACUAUAGAGUAUCUACUGGUAGACCUUUAUGGAUGGUGUAAGUCACUGUUUAAUGCCUGUUUUCACAUAAAGACACAACGUGUUUGGCGUGUUAAUUGUUGGGGGGGGAGGGAAAGCAGUUUAAAUGUAAGUAAUGUUUUUAUUGGGUGCACAAGUAUGUUUACAAAAAGCGGCCACGUGCGCAUCACGAGACGUCUCACUCUGUCAUACCUGUGCACCUGUCCAACAGUCUGCUGUCUUUACCAUCUUAUCAUCCAAACUUUUCACCAUUCUGUAAGCCAAAUCCAGCUGCUGGGGCUCAAGUCCCGGCAA